UGCGCAUUUAAUCACUUUGACGUGGAAAUAGUUGCGUUUCGUUUCCUUUGCAUUUUUUUUCUAGCAAGUGUUCAUAUAAUUAACUUAGGAGGAAAAUGCAUGUGUUGAGACGUGAUAAAAAAGAAGAAGAGGAUGUUGGUGGCAAUCCCUUUGGUAACUUGGAGAAAAGUUCUGUGCUGCAGGAGACAAGAAUUUUCAAUGAGACUCCAAUCAAUCCUCGAAAAUGUGGACACAUCUUGACCAAGUUACUCUAUCUGAUAAAUCAGGGCGAGUCUAUUGGAUCUACAGAAGCAACAGAGGCUUUCUUUGCCAUGACAAAGCUGUUCCAGUCCAAAGAUACUACUCUUCGGCGACUUAUGUAUCUGGGAAUCAAAGAGAUGUCCAAGAUAGCUGAUGAUGUUAUUAUUGUGACCAGCAGUCUGAUGAAAGAUAUGACUGGAAAAGAAGACCAGUUCAGAGGACCAGCCAUUCGAGCUCUUUGUUCCAUCACUGAUACCUCCAUGCUCCAGAACAUUGAACGAUACAUGAAACAGGCAAUUGUUGACAAAGUUUCUGCUGUUUCAAGUGCUGCUUUGGUUUCAUCCCUUCAUUUAGGUAGAGGUGGUCAUGACAUCACCAAGCGCUGGGUGAAUGAGGCACAGGAGGCUGUCAACAGUGACAAUGUCAUGGUCCAGUACCAUGCACUGGGUCUCUUGUACCAUAUUCGAAAGAACGACAAACUGGCGGUGACGAAACUAGUCAGCAAAUUCAGCAAGCAUACCUUGAAGUCGCCCUAUGCUUACUGUUUGCUGAUCAGGAUUGCCAGCAAAUUAAUAGAAGAGGAAGAUGCUGGAUCGGAAAGUCCUAUGUUUGAUUUCAUUGAGAGCUGUCUGCGACACAAGGUGGAAAUGGUGAUCUACGAAGCAGCUCAUGCGAUUGUCAACAUGAAGAACACCACGGCUAAAGAUCUGGCACCUGCAGUGUCCGUACUUCAGUUGUUCUGCAGCUCGCCCAAACCAACACUGAGGUUUGCUGCUGUCCGCACUCUCAACAAGGUUGCCAUGAAACAUCCUGCUGCAGUGACUGCUUGUAACCUUGACCUUGAAAACCUGAUCACGGACGUGAACCGGAGUAUUGCAACGUUGGCAAUAACCACUCUCCUAAAGACAGGAAAUGAGAGCAGCGUCGACCGGCUGAUGAAACAAAUCUCCUCCUUCAUGUCGGAGAUCUCCGACGAAUUCAAGAUUGUCGUUGUCCAGGCCAUCAGGUCUCUGUGUGCCAAAUUUCCCAGAAAGCACAGUGUUCUUAUGAACUUCCUGUCCUCCAUGCUCAGAGAAGAGCUAGGCACCACCUACACCCUCGUCUGUCUACCGGCAGAACCCACGCUAGUGACUGGAACAUUCACUUGCUCUUUGAAGUUUGUGGUGAAGGACUGUGACCCAAACACCGGAGAACCAGAUGACGAGGGCUAUGAUGAUGAAUAUGUGCUGGAAGAUGUGGAUGUGGCUGUGGCCGACCACGUGCAGCGAGUGAUCAAACCCAACUUCGCGGCGUCCUGGGAGGAGGUCGGACCGGACAAUGAACUGGAGGACACAUACGCGCUCUCUACUAUGAACUCGUUAGAAGAGGCUAUAAAGAAUAUCAUUCAGUACCUUGGAAUGCAGCCAUGCGAGAGAUCAGACAAGCUACCAGAAGGGAAAAGUUCGCACACGUUGUUCCUCGCUGGAGUAUUUCGAGGGGGUCACGACGCUCUAGUUCGUGCAAAACUGGCACUAACGGAUUCGGGUGUCACCAUGCAGCUUACUGUACGAUCGACAGAUCCAUACGUGUCGGAAGUUUUAGCAACUGCGAUUGCUUAAUAGGUUUUAGUGUAUAUAUUUGACAGUUUAUAAGACUUAUUUUGGUCUUUUGUUUAAGAUGAAACCUUUGACACUGAUUAACAUGUAUUCUGUUGUGACCCAUUAUGUUUACUUGAUAUGCUGGCCAGAUAAAGCAAAAUGACUUCUAGCUGCAGGCUAUAUUACUGGUCAUGUGACAUAAGACUGACUUGACUGUCAAGUGUUUAAUUUCACUUUGUAAAAACAUCUAGUGGGAAAAUAACUUUCUGAACAUCGUAUUGUAAUAAAUAUUAUAGUCGGUGUC